AUGGCGCUCAAUCUGGUGGAGCGUUUUGAAGCCGAGAGGGGCGAACCCUUUCGCUGGAUUGUCUACUGCCGCUUGGACAUGGUUUGGGUCCAGCCCCAUCCGCCCCUUAGCCUCCUAGAUCCAUUCUUCGUGUGGAUGAUGCUGCCAGCCAGUGACUGGCAUGCGACCAUGCCCAG